CGUCCAAAAAUUGAAAGUUUACGAUUGAAAUCCGACAGCUUAUGAUAGUGUUUGAAUCGAGCAACAAAAUCUUUAUCGCUGGCGAUUGACACUCCACCGUUCCGUAGAAACUCAACCUCUGAGGCAAAUUUGCUAGGGCACCUAGCAUGGAAAAUUAAAAUAUUGCAUUUUCGGCACCCAUCGGCAGAUCACUUUUGACCGGAUAUUGCACUCGCCACCCCAGCUUGGGUGCAGUGCUAAAGAGGGUUGCCAAAACUAACAUGGGGGAAAAAGGAGGAACUAGGAAUUGAGAAAGAGGAAAAGAGAGAAAUGGGAGAGGAAGAAGAAAGCGUGGGGAAGUUUUUGAAGUGGGCAACAAAACUAGGUAUCACAGAUGCACCAUUAGAUACUUUGGAUUCUGAAAUUCAAACAGUAUCAUCAUGUUUGGGCAAAUCUCUUUUCGUUUCAGAGUUUCCAGAUGCUGGAGGAAGAGGUUUAGGAGCCACUCGUGAUCUUCGGAAGCAUGAACUUAUUCUUAGAGUUCCUAAAUCUGCUUUAAUGACUAGUGAAACUCUUAUGCUCAAGGAUCGGAAACUUUCUCUUUCUAUCAAAAGAUAUCCCCAUCUUUCAUCCACUCAGAUUUUGAGUGUGUGUUUAUUAGCUGAAAUGAGUAAAGCAAAGGGUUCUUGGUGGUACCCUUACUUAAAGCAACUUCCUCGCCAAUAUGAAACGUUAUCGACCUUCUCUCAUUUUGAAAUUCAAGCUCUACAGGUUGAUGAUGCAAUCUGGGCUGCAGAGAGGGCUGUAUCUAAGGCUGAAAUGGAAUGGAACGAAGCAAUCCCUCUUAUGCGAGAGCUUGAGCUCAGGCCUCAACUAUUAACAUUUAAGUCUUGGCUUUGGUCAUCGGAAACAGUAUCCUCGCGUACAUUGCAUAUACCAUGGGAUAGUGCUGGAUGUUUUUGCCCCGUCGGUGACUUAUUUAAUUAUGCUGCUCCUGGAAUGGAGUCCUAUUCCUCUGAAGAGAUAGCAAGUUGGACACAAACAUCUACCUCGGAUAGCAGCUCAUUAGAAAAAAGUGCAAGUGACGAGGAGUUGGAAGUUGAGCACAUCGAUGGAGAUUCACUGAGGUUGACAGAUGCAGGUUAUGAGGAACAGGUUGAGGCAUAUUGCUUCUAUGCUAGGAGGAGAUAUAGAAAAGGAGAGCAGGUUCUUUUGGGGUACGGAACAUACACCAAUCUGGAGCUCCUUGAGCACUAUGGGUUUCUUCUGAAUGCAAAUCCAAAUGAAAAGGUUUUCAUUCAAAUGGAACAAAAUAUCAACUUCAACUCAUGGCCGAAGGACUCUAUAUAUAUCCAGCACGACGGGAAACCAUCUUUUGCACUAUUAUCUGCUCUGCGUUUGUGGGUUACCCCACCAAACGAUCGAAAAUCUGUUGGACAUCUUGCUUAUUCUGGGAAACAAUUAUCAGCUAAGAAUGAGAUAUCCGUCAUGAAAUGGCUGAGAAAGAAAUGUGAAGCUCUCCUAGAAAAGUUGCCAAGUUCGAUAGAAACGGAUGGUUUGCUUCUAACUUUCAUUGAGAAAAUGCAAAACCAUCCUUCUAUUCAAGAAGUUAAAAAGAUGAUCUCAGCUUGUGAAGUUGAGAUUGGGAAUUUCUUUGAAUCAACCAACUCACAGACGUUUGACGAAGUGGGCAAGUUUCAUUUGUCGAGUAAGGCUAGAGGGUCAAUUGAGAGAUGGAAAUUGGCAGUUCAGUGGAGGCUUAGGUAUAAGCAAAUCCUUUUUCGUUGUUUUUCAUUUUGCAGUGAAGUUAUUUAUUUUCUUUCUGCUCAGCAAGCCUCCGGUGGCCUAUGAAUAAGAUCAAUGCUCUUGCUUCUAGAACAGUGUCAGUGAGCCAACUUUGUGUUUGUGCAUUCCUGUGGCCCUCUGUAAGCUCUGCCAUUGUAUUGUAUAGCAUAAGACUGCUGCUUCCACCAAUCUAGCAAUAAUCUCCUAGACCUCACAUUUAAAUUUUAACCAACUGCAAGGCCGAGAGUUCCAUUUGGUGGAAGCAAGUGUUGACAACUUGAGAUUGCAAUCCAUGAAAGUUUGUUGUUGGUGAUUACAUAAGUGAAGGACUCAUGUUAAGUGCC